UUUAGCAUAUUGUUUAUACAUAUUCAGAGGGUGGAUAGCAAAAGUUGGAACAAAAGUAUAACGUGUAAAGCCAUGCCACCAAAACGUUACAGCAGGCUCCGUCUCCAGGUUUGAGGACUAGAUACAGCUGUACUUAUUUUAGGACAAUGUCUAACAAACGACGUGCUCGUCGAUCAGAACGAAUGCACACGAGCGACGACGAGAGAGCGAGAAUACGUUGCCGUCGUAGACGGCGCCGAAAUCGUCUCUUCCACGCUUCUCUCGACACGGGCAUCGCACAGCGAUUAGCGAAGGGAAGCUCAGACGGAUCUGCUGACACCGAAACUGCUCUAGACUAUCUAGAGAACGCUUGCUGUGGUGAUAACAGCAGCUCUGGAGAGGAAAUGGACGUAGCAAAGAAACUCUCGUCGCUUAAUGUGAACGUUGAGGACGGAUUUAGUCGUUUUCACGAUGAUUGGCCUGCCUUGUGUGAUAUGAAAUCGAUUCCUGGUGGUGUGUUGUCAGAGAGCGAGGCUAUCAGCGGAUCUGUGUCGUGGAGAGCUGGUCGGAAAAAGAGACGAAAAUGCAGGACUACGAAAGCGAGUGAAGUGAGAUUUCGUCAGAAAAGGAAAUUACCUCCAUCGGACAUAGCGUUGGCUGACGGCGUGGGAAAGAAAUGGAAGAAAAUGUCACCGUUUGUGAGUUGUAGUCUUGAGUCGACAGACUCGUACACACAAGAUGAUCCCUAUUUCAGUGUACUGGAUAGAGGUCAGUCUGAAAACGGCCAAUUCACUCAUUCACAGUCUGCUACAGUCACACAGAAAUUGUCUGACACUGAAACCUUGAGCAUUGGGAUGUUUCCUACACUGACAGAAAAAGCUGUUGCUCACUUUGCUUGUAGACUUCGAGUGAAAAAUGCAAUUUCUAUCUCACAAUGUCCAACUAAGAGCACUUGUUUGAGACGACGAUGUCUAGAUCAGGCAAACAGCAGUGAUGACGAUUCAGUUUUUGUUAAUCCUCCAUCUCCACAACCCGACAUGUCGGCUGGUUCCCUCGCUAUGUUGUGUUCAUUUUCCAAUUUUACUCUGCCUGACGUGGAAAAUGAGAAUUUGAUGUGUAGUUGUCCUGAUGAGAACGAGAUGAGCGAUGGAAGCAUCGAGAAAGGUAGAUCUUCUAGCUCUAGCAGUCUCAGUGAUCAUGAACAGACAGCCGAUGAAAAGGGAAGAGAUGGAGAUGAUGAGGAGAGUUCAUUUGAACAUAGUGCAAGAGUAAUACCAUGGUGGGAUAAGGAAAUGAGUGCAGCAAUGAGUAGUGAAGAUGAUGAAGAAUUUCAAGAUCUAAUGGAUUCUGCACAGAGCUUACUAAUAACUCGACCUUGUGUGAACAGCACUUCCUAUGUCCCACAGACAAGACAUAUGCGUGUAUCAACAGAGUGUCUUUCAAGAAAAAAAGGCAGGUCGCUCUCUCCACCAACUAACUUGCCAUUCUGUGCCAGCAUAUCUCGUCCACUACCUCACUCAAAUAUUGGUAAUCAGAUCCUGCGUUCCAUGGGAUGGGUGCCUGGAUGUGGGCUUGGAGCUCGCAGUGAUGGCAUCUUGGAACCAGUCAUGCCAAUCAGGAGACCCAAAGGUAGAGGACUUGGUCACAGCUAAGACUUGUAAUGUGGACUAGCCAGUUUUCCAAAUAUAGUUUUUAGUGCAUCAUAUACAGCAUGUCAGCAUACCUCACUUGGCAUGCUUGCAAGUGCAGUAUGGUAUAUACUACAAACGUGUACAUGUUCACUUCCUAACGAAUGAAAUACAA